AAACAUCCACAGCCAAUCAUCAGUUCGGGUGUGUCUCUUGAACGUGUACGGUGUGUGUCCAUCCAGUUUUUAGUUCGCUGCGAAAAUGUCCAACCUUGUACUGUACACCCUGCACCUUAGCCCACCGUGCCGUGCCGUGGAGCUGACGGCCAAAGCAUUGGGCUUGGAGCUGGAGCAGAAGACCAUUAAUCUGCUAACGGGUGACCAUUUGAAGCCGGAAUUUGUGAAGCUAAACCCGCAACAUACGAUCCCGGUGCUGGAUGACAACGGUACGAUCAUCACCGAGAGCCACGCGAUCAUGAUCUAUCUGGUGACGAAGUAUGGCAAAGAUGAUAGCCUCUAUCCGAAAGACCCCGUCAAGCAGGCCCGUGUAAAUUCGGCCCUGCACUUCGAGUCCGGCGUACUGUUCGCCCGGAUGAGAUUCAUUUUCGAACGUAUCCUAUUCUUCGGCAAAUCCGACAUCCCCGAGGAUCGCGUUGAGUACGUGCAGAAAUCGUACGAGCUGCUGGAGGACACACUGGUGGACGACUUUGUCGCCGGACCGACCAUGACGAUCGCCGACUUUAGCUGCAUUUCCACGAUCUCGAGCAUUAUGGGUGUGGUGCCGUUAGAGCAGUCGAAGCAUCCCCGGAUCUACGCGUGGAUCGAUCGGCUGAAGCAGUUGCCCUACUAUGAGGAAGCGAACGGUGGCGGUGGUACCGAUCUGGGCAAGUUUGUGCUAGCCAAAAAGGAGGAAAAUGCUAAGGCUUCCCGAAACGCCAUUCAAACGACCAUGCCAAACAUUAAGCUGUACACGGCCAAACUCAGCCCACCGGGCCGGUCGGUCGAGCUGACAGCAAAGGCGCUCGGGCUGGAGCUCGACAUCGUGCCGAUCAAUCUGCUCGCGCAGGAACAUCUGACGGAAGCGUUCCGGAAGCUGAACCCGCAGCACACCAUCCCGCUGAUCGACGACAACGGGACGAUCGUGUGGGACAGCCAUGCCAUCAAUGUGUAUCUGGUGAGCAAGUACGGCAAGCCCGAGGGCGACAGUUUGUAUCCGUCGGAUGUGGUGCAACGGUCGAAGGUUAACGCGGCGCUACACUUCGAUUCGGGCGUUCUGUUUGCCCGGUUACGGUUCUAUUUGGAACCAAUACUGUACUACGGAGCGACCGAGACACCGCAGGAAAAGAUCGACAAUCUGUACCGCGCGUACGAGCUGCUGAAUGACACGCUGGUCGACGAGUACAUCGUGGGCAACGAGAUGACACUGGCCGAUCUGAGCUGCAUCGCCAGCAUUGCUUCGAUGGAUGCGAUCUUCCCGAUCGAUGCCGGCAAGUAUCCGAUGCUGGCCGGUUGGGUCGAACGCCUUGCCAAGCUGCCGUACUACGAGGCAACGAAUCGGGCGGGUGCGGAAGAGCUCGCUCAGCUGUACCGUGCCAAGUUGGAGCAAAACCGCACCAACGCCAAGUGA